UUUCGUCUUCUACCUUGGCGGAUUCGAGACAUCAUCAACAACAAUGACCUUUUGCUUGUACGAGUUAUCAGUGAACCCAGAUUUACAGGAGCACCUACGAGCUGAGAUUGACGACGUUCUGGAGAAACAUGACGGCAACAUCACGUACGACGCCAUCCAAGAGAUGAAUUAUUUGGACAAGGUUAUAUCAGAAACUCUCCGCAAGUACCCGCCACUUACAAUGUUAGUCCGUGAGUGUUCAAAACCAUACAAAAUUUCCGGAACUGAUAUUAUUUUGGACACAGGAAGUAACGUUAUUUUACCCGUGUCGGCUCUUCACCAUGACCCGAAAUAUUACCCUGAACCUGAGAGAUUUGACCCCGAGCGUUUUUUCAGUGAAGAAGAGAAACAGAAGAGGCCCCAUUUUGUGUAUCUUCCAUUUGGAGAGGGACCCAGAAUUUGUAUCGGAAUGCGUUUCGGACUGAUGCAAACGAAGGUGGGACUUGUCUCUCUUCUGUCCAAAUACCAGUUCAAAGUGAGCCAGAAGACAACAGUUCCAUUGGUGAUAGAUCCGAAGUCAUUCAUACUGGCUGCUGCUGGUGGGAUGUGGCUGAGUAUUGAAAACAGAAGUGUUAACUAAGAUGAACACCCUUUUGUAGAACACUGUACUCCUGCAAACUCUGUCAGUAUUUAAAUUUCCAAAGAUAUGAUUUGCUGUUGGAUUCAUAUAUGGCAGCGUGUCGACAGCUUUUGCACCACAGAGACAGGUGGAGACUUUCCGCCGGAACUCAGUUAUCCAGACUCUGACACAAGACGUUCAACAGCGCAUUCCUGUGAUUUGGCAUCUCGUUGUGGCCCAUCAUUUGAGAUAAUUCAACAUCAGCAUAACCAAUUUUUAUUCUUCUUUUAUGGCUCUCCGGUCCAUGGCCUCCUCAAUUCUCCUCUUUCAUUUGGUCCUCUGUUAGGUCCAUCUGUCCAAGGCUUUGAU